UGGGCAGCGCCCGCCCAGCCCUGUCCGUCCCCCGCCAUUUCGCACCGGGACGGGAAGGGAAGGGACGCGGAGCGGGAAGGGAAACCAGAGGAAAGGAAGGGGACGCAAGGCGGGCACGGCGGGUGCCGGGAGCUCCCGCGGCACCGCCAGCCAGGGAGGGAGCUGCUUCCCGGUAGUAGUAAAGAAUCCUGACGCUGAAUGAGAAGGCACCGGCAGCAUCCUCGUUAGUGGGAGCCCAGCUCUGCUUAAUGUUGGUUUCUUUGUCAUCAGGUCUGCUAAAAAAUGACAGAGUAUAAACUUGUGGUGGUUGGAGCUGGUGGUGUAGGCAAGAGCGCCUUGACAAUACAGCUAAUCCAGAAUCACUUUGUGGAUGAAUAUGACCCCACAAUAGAGGAUUCCUACAGGAAGCAAGUAGUAAUUGAUGGAGAAACAUGUCUCUUGGAUAUUCUUGAUACAGCAGGUCAAGAGGAAUACAGUGCAAUGAGRGAUCAAUAUAUGAGAACAGGGGAAGGCUUCCUGUGUGUGUUUGCCAUAAACAAUACAAAGUCUUUUGAAGAUAUUCACCAUUAUAGGGAACAAAUAAAGAGAGUUAAAGACUCAGAAGAUGUCCCGAUGGUGCUAGUAGGAAACAAAUGUGAUUUGCCUUCCAGAACAGUAGACACAAAACAAGCUCAGGAUUUAGCAAGAAGUUAUGGAAUUCCUUUCAUUGAAACAUCAGCAAAAACAAGACAGGGUGUUGAUGAUGCCUUCUACACAUUAGUUCGAGAAAUCAGAAAACACAAAGAGAAGAUGAGCAAAGAUGGYAAAAAGAAGAAAAAGAAGACAAAGACAAAGUGUAUAAUUAUGUAAAUACAGUUUAUCCUUAUUCUUAAGAAGUACUGAAGUAAUUUUGUACAUUACACUAAAUUAUUAGCAUUUGUUUUAGCAUUACUUUACUUUCUGCUUCAUGAUCCUGUUAGCUUUACCUGAAUGCUUGUUUUAAAUGACAGUGGAAAACUUCAUUCCUCUUAAAGUGCCAGUAUUCUUUGACUGUUGGUUCUUGAACUAGCAAUGCCUGUGAAAAUAAAUUUUAAAAAAACAACAAAAAAACCAAAACAAAGAAAAAAAAAACCCACCCAAAAAACCUGAGGACUGUCUUAGGACUCUUUGGUGCAUGCACAGUUGCUAACUUGCUAUUUUUCUUACUGAUUGUGAACUUCUGUUCUGUGUGCAAAGCAAACAAAUGAUGAUCUACACAUUCUAACAUCCCCUCUAAAUAUUUGGGUUUAUAAAUUUGGUUGGGAAAAAGGACUAGUUAGCGAAAGGAACUUUCAGCCUUUCCUUUAUUUUAGACUGCAAUAGAGAGAGACCAGAAGCCUUUAUAGUCUUCCUGUAGAUUUUGCUUCUAGGCAUCUAGUCUUGUAGCAUUUCAGAUCAACUUUAAUGAAUGUAAAGAAAAAACUUUCAAAAAAAAAAAUCCACUGCAAUUUGUCACGGUCGCUCCUUAAAUACUCUAUUUUUUCUAUAAAAAAAACUUAAAAAAAAAAGAAAAAAUUUUAAAAAAGACAACAGUGCACACCUGGCAAUGGAAAAAGUAAAAGUUCUAAUUAGGUUGAUUUGCUGUUGUUAAUGCAUCGCUGUAAGAGCUUCACUGACUUUUUGUGUCUGAAGAGCAAGGUGAAAUCCCCCUGUGUCAAAGCUUUGAGUAACUGUUCAGUAGGGUCAGGAUUUCACCCUGAGUGUCCCCAGGAAAUACUAGAAUGCCUUAACAGAGAAGUUGAUUCAAAUUCUGUGGUUAGUUAAUUCAUACAUGGAUCCAGAUUUUACCAUAAGAAUUAAAUCAGAAUCAAUCCUAAAUUACAUAGUGGAGUAAAACCAUUCUUUUUCUUUUUCCCCCUCAAGAGUGGCAUUAAAUAUUUCCAGAUGCCUAUUUUGUGCAAAACAGGGGAGAAAAUUCAAAUUCUAGUAACAUCAAAUGACUGAAUGAAUGAGUYCAUAUUAGCUGCUUCAUGCAAAUAAUUUGGAAAUCCACUAUGCCAUGGAAAUGGUGUGGAAUUUGCACAAUCUGUCAGCAUAGAACAUGGUUUCCAGAGUCAGUGUUGUUUGUGUGAUGUCUGUGAAGUACUGAUUCAAUGGUUGGUGAGUGGCAUACCAGUGUCUAGACCAUCAUGAAGCUACACCAAGAGUUUAAUGUUGUCUUUCUCUGUGAUUAAGUUCUCUUGUGAUUUUUGUUCUUUCCUCCCCUGCUUUUUUUUUUUUUUUUUUUUUUUUUUUUUGGAAUUAAUGCAGGAUUUUUGCAAGAGCUUUCACUUUUUGGUACUGCAGUAGGCUAGUUAUCCACUGAAGUACGAACCAGUAGUUCCAGUGUUUCCAGUUCCUGGUGUCUCCCUGUAAAUAUGGAGUCGUUUGGUUCAGUAGAACUUUGGUCCCUGAAGGUGCACUUCUUCACAGCAGCUAACUCAGCUGCAGAGUGACACUGCAAGAUGUGACUCUGGUGGACCCAAAAAAUAAAAUGCAAGACAUUGAAAUAGAACAGUUCAGGACACUGGAAAAUUUGGAACAGGGAAUAGCAGCAUUGCCCUAACCCAAGUUAUUCCUAAACAAUUCCAUGGAAAUUUUACACAGGUAUGUAAAAAUUGCACUGUGUAACUUGGACWGUUUCUGUAAAAAGUAUUAUUUUGCUUCUACAGAAGAUCCCAGAGUGAAUGYUGUAGGUGGAGAGCUGCAGAGCUGGCAGGAAGCAGAGUGUCUGAAUUGCUCCAUAUUCUUAAUUUCAUUGCGUCUGGGAGAAAUGGGGCCUUUCCCUUCCUGUGCCCCCCAUUCCUACCCUUCAUCAAAAUCUAGACYCCUCCCCUCCUUGCAGCUUCAUUGUGAAAUGUAGGUUAUUAAAUAUUCUGAAAAACAGUAACAGGAGAACCUAACUUUAUCCUGUAAGGACCAAUAAGGAGUAAGAACAGAUUCUUAAUGUCACAAAAUAUUUCAGAGCUUCCAAGGUUAAAAUGUGUUGGAGACAGUUAUUUGCACAUUUUAUAUACGCUUGAUAAUACAUGAAGAACGUAGCAAAAGUGGGUUGUAAGCSUUGAGCAAAUGAAAGUAAUCUUAAGGUUACUUUAAUUUUGGUAACUGAGUCACACUGCAUGUCRAAUUAGGGCUGGUCUAAAAUUCUGAUGUUCAUUUAACUAAAAGCUGUUCGGAGAAUUUGUAGCUGAAAUGUUUUAUACAACAAAAGUGGAUUUAAUAUAGCUUUACUAURAAGCUAUACGUAAACCAGCGUUGGGGUUUUCCAGCAAAUGUGAGCUGUGGCUUCCAGUCUAAUUAAAUUAGUACAAAAUCCUCAUUUACUUUGAAAAAAAACCCAACCAACCCCCUUCCUUGCCACUGUGGUGCAGUUUUGUCUUCCUAUUUGUUGAGAUUUGGUGAAGCAUGCUGGAUUGCAUCUUGCACUAGUUGCUCCRUCAUCAUUGUCCUGCCCUGUUUAUGAGAUGCUUCCACAGAACAUCCCUGGGUGCUGUGUGUCCUGAGAGCAGCUCCUGAGUGAGCCUGAGUCACUGCCCAUGUCCCYACGUCAAACUGCCAUGUGUCAGGGAGUAACACCUUCUUACAGUAGCUUUAUGUACUCUGCUAAAUACCUGCAUCAUCGAUUUGUUCCAAAAAGAAUUAUUCUGACCAGUUUCAUUGCCCUGAAAUUUUUUGCUAUUUUUGCUSUGUGGGCUUUGUUACAGUAACAGGAUAAUGGGCAAUACUGACACACACAAUCUUCUGCUCUUGUCUAGACUAUAAAGCAAUACAAUUAUUACCUUCAAAGACCAUCAAACUGUAAAACAAAUCAUUGUGUCUCAAGUUUACAUAAAGCUACAUAGAUGGUAAAUCUUUCCUAACAUUUCUUUAUUCCACUGUCUUGUGUUUUCAUGUUGAAAAUACUUCUGCUUUUUCCUCUUGAGUGCCAACUUCUUACUAGAAUGACUUCUUAAUGUAAUAUGUUUACCUGGAAUGUAUUUUAACUAUUUUUGUAUAGUGUAAACUGAAACAUGCACAUUUUGUACAUUGUGCUUUAUUUGAUGUGGAACAUAUGCAGUGUGAUCCAGUUUUUCCAUAAUUUGGUUGUGUGACCUAGGAAUGUUGGUCAUGCGAGACAUUAAGUUAAAAAAAAAAGGAAAAAAAAAAGACCACUGUUUGUUUUAAAAUUUUUAAUGUUUUUAGGAGUAUGUGCUGUGAGGUGAUCUGGAAUUUGUCAUUUUUUUUGUCAAACUGUACUGCUCCUAUUUAUUGUAAUGUAAUAAAAAAUAGUUAUUGUGUCUGUCCCA